UUAUGUUAGACUAUUAUUAUUAAAUGUUUUUGUCUCUGCAAUGCUUGAUGAAUUUAUUCUUUAUAAAAAGGAAAACAAAAAAGCAAGUAUAAAGUACAGAGUUUAAUGUGAAAAAUACGUUUAUUUUAUUUCACAGAGUACAUUUUGUCAAAACGUUUGUUCAAUGUUUUCAAAAAUACAAAAACAUUCACAAAACUUAAUCAAAUCUGGAAAAGAAAAUUCAGCUGCUGUUUUACGCAUUGGAAAAGAGAAGGCAAGACACGUACAAAAAGCCUUAUCUGUUCCUGUAAAGACACGUGUGAAGGAUUCAGUGAAAUUCAUUGAUGAAUCAAUUGGAGUCACCCAGGUAAUCGAGGCACAAGAAAAUGUGUCGCACGAAGAAAGAUGUUUCUUAAACGCGCGUGAGCAUGUUCAGAAUAUAAAAGCAGUGUUGGAUGAAAGGCAAGACGUGUUAAAUGAAACACGAAAGCAAUUGGAUAGGUGUGAUCGAUCUGAUCCACAAUAUUUGACAUAUGUGGGUGAAGAACAUACAUUAUUGUUAGAAGUGCGCAACUUGCAACGUGAACACAAUUCUGCUGAGGACGUUGAGCGAGAAAGAUUUUCAGCGUAUUCGGCUGCCGUCAGGUUGUCUCAUGAAAAAGAAAGAUCACGGGUUGAGCGCACAAAGUACUGGUCUAUUAUCGGCUCUAUCACUGGAACUGUGUUUGGACUUAUGUUUUCCUCACUACUUACGCAGUAUCGUCUAAGUAUGAUGAGAGAGAUGACGUCAUCUUCUAUAUCGCAAGCUACUGCGCAUGUACAAGAUGAUUUACACGAACAAAAAGUAUUUCUUAGCGAACAAGUACAAGUCUUAAAGCACAUGUUUCUGAAUAAUAACAGCACUGGUGAAAAUGAAGAAGAAGAAGCCGGAACUUUAACUCGCUUACUACCUGAGACGUUGCUUAGACAACUAAUAAAAGAUGUUGGGUUUUUGAGCAAAAGCAUAGCUCCUGUAGCGAUGGAAUAUUCGGAAAACAUUUCCUCCAUCAAUAAGAGUCUACUGUCACUUUGUGAUGAUGUUCAACAAGUUGUAUUAACAAUAAAAAAACAAAAAGAAACUACAAAUGCUGAUGUAGACAGGAAAGUCACUGUUUUAGAAGAAAAUAAAAAUCAAUCAAUCAAUUCACAAAACUUAUCACGCCGCAACAACAACGUGGCAACACUACACGAUAACCAAUUUCCAACUUCCUCGUUAACUUCAUUAAACGACCAGCAUUUAAUACUUGACUAUGUAAAUAUUACCAAUUUAAAUUUGAUUGUAGGUAUACUAACACUUGCUUGUAUUGCGUGGAGCACUGUUGGUAAAAGUUGAUUAAAAUUUAAAAUAGGAUAACAAAGUAAAUUAAAACCUGUCAAUGAAUAUCUUGAACCUCUGUUCAUAUAAGCCAGUUUAAAUCCCUUCAUUUAGACUUGCAUGUUGCUUCAAAGAGGAAAGUAAUUCCUGCAAAUAUUAAAACAUAGUGAAAACCGGGUGUUAGCCCUUGUGUAACUGGAGGGGGGGAGGGAAGGGCACAAAGUGCUCUUUUUGACUGGGCAUAACUUUUGUUCGCCAUGUGAUUGAGUGCUUAAAUUUUGUGACUUUUCUUAACUUUUACUAUGGCUGUUAUACUUUGCGGGGGUGGACUGAUUGGAUUGUUGGGAACAGGGUAUUUUUGGUGAAUUUUGAAAAGUGGUUGUUGCAAAAUGUACUUGUUAUGUAAAUAUUUAUGACAUGUAUAUUGGUCACCAGAUGGUUCUCAAGGGGUUGCUAAGCACGAAUAUAUCGUCACCAGGAAUCAAAUCAAAUCAAAGUUUCAAGAAAUAUGUUAUUCAGCGGAAUGACGUCAUUGCUGACCCUUAUGACGUCAUUAUAUUGUUGUCCAACCUUAAACAUCUGUAAAUGCAAUAACUUACUUCACGAAAAAUUUUUCUUAAAAUCAAAUCAUUUUGUGGUCCACAGUGCACAAAUAUACUAAUAAUUAAAGGUUGUAGCAUCAGAAGCACGUGAGAACUUAAAUGUCAUUAAAUUAAUUGUUUUAGGUAGAAUGAGUUUGUAUUAAAACUUUCGACAGCUGUGCCAAGUUUCAUCACUGUAAGUAGUUUAGAAUUAAACGA